AUGGCGGCCACCGCCACUCCCACAAGAUGGCGGCUACCGCCCCUUCCCGCCGCCACUCCCACAAGAUGGCGACGGCGGGGCCGGUCGUGAGGAGAGGAGCGGUGAUUACGGGGGGUUGCACAGGGAACCGGGCAUUAAGUGGCUGAGCUGGGGGCAUCGGGAUGGAGCUGGGGCGGCUAGAGUACCUGCAGGCGCUCGUCACCGAGUUCCAGGCGACAGACAGCUCAGAGGCCAAGGAGCAGGUGCUGGCCAACCUGGCCAACUUCGCCUAUGACCCCAAAAACUACGAGUACCUGCGGCAGCUGCAGGUGCUGGAUCUGUUCCUCGACAUGCUCACUGAGGAGAGCGAGACCCUCGUGGAGUUCGCCAUGGGUGGUCUUUGUAACCUGUGCCUGGACAGAGCUAACAAAGACUACAUCUUAGAAGCAAAUGGGGUAGAGCCCAUCAUCAACUGCCUGUCCAGCUCCAGCGAGGAGACGGUCAUGUCGGCGGUCACGACACUGAUGUACCUGACGACGCCGCAGUCGCGCCAGCAGACCACGGCCCUGCCCGUGGUGGAGUGCAUGCUGCGCUUCUCCCUCUCCGCGAGCAGAAGGCUCAGCAACCUGGCAACCGUCUUCCUGGAGGACUACUGCACGCCACAACAAGUGGAAGAGGCCAGGAACCUGAGCAAGCACACGGCCGUGGGGAUUCCUCUCCCCAAGGACUGAAGCCGUCAGGGCAGCGCAGAGCUGCGGGAGGGAGAUCCCCUCUUUUCCCAGGCCUCCACGUUCUGCUCAGCAGGUCAAGAGUGUGUCAAGAACAACAUUAUAGAGGGAAAUUGGUCAUUCUAGCACUGGAUUUUAGGUAAUAGAGGACAGUACAGCACUACCAUGUCAAGCAUGCGGCUAAAACUGCAGGCACAUAUUUAAAAUAAAAGAGGUGAUGGCUGUUGGAGGGCAGGUUGCCAAGUGCAGCCCAGCACCCAGUUUGCACAAAUAACCUUUUGAAGCAAUUAGGGUUUUUUUUCUACUUGGGUUAUUGGGCAGCUCAUAUCCCCUCCAGCUCCUGGCUGCUUUUACUGCAGUUCUCAUCUUCCCUAUCAACUCAAAUGAUUUUGAAAUGUCACGUAAACUUUAUUGCUCUUGCAGAAGAACAAAGGUGUUACCCUGCCCUGGCCGUUUGCAAUCCUGCUGCAUUCCCUUUGGUACUAAAUAUGUCAUCCUAUCAUCACGGCAUAGUCACCCGGCUAGUAAAUCACUACACAGGGCAGGUUGUAGCUGUCCUAUAAAUCGGAAAGUGCAAAGCUGUGUUUCUUUCAUUACCACUGGUGAGGAAGGUGAAGAUUAAAAAAAAAAGGGCUCGUGGCACUGUGGUUCACGAGAACGGCUGUCUUGUAAAACCUUCUCUUAAUAAAACAUUAACUUAAA